GACGGAGCGACCAGCUGUGAAUUUCACUUCCUUCACUUCUGCUCACAGACUGACUGGUGUGGGACAUUCAAGCAUAAUCAUGAGUCUGAACUUCCUGUCCAAAAAUGAUGAGCUUCGCAAGGGAGAUUACCUGAUGUCCAACAACAAGCAGUGGAAGGCUAUCUUUCAGGAUGAUGGUAACUUUGUCAUCUAUGGCUGGAAGCCUGUGUGGGCUUCAGACACCUAUAGAUCAGACGCUGUCCGCCUGGUCAUGCAGGAAGACUGCAACCUGGUCAUGUACAACAAGGAUGAGCAUCCCAGGUGGCACACAAACACACAUGUGAAUGGUGAUUUCAGGAGCCGUCUUCAACUGACCGAUGAUGGCAAACUGUUGGUGUUCAAGGAAGGGGAAGAACUUUGGAGCUCUGCUAACUCCACAGGCAUGAAAUGAAGUCAUGACAUUGCAAGCCUUUUUAAACUAAAAUGCUCGGCAAGUGAAAGUCGUGUUUGGAUGUCAGUGUGAAUUACAGUAAACCUGACUGUCAUGUAACCUGAAAUCAAAUAAAAACACAUGUUAACAAUGUAUAAA